GACAUUACGCACUAAAUAUCUACGCCAGGGUGUCGUUUGUUUGUGUCACGAGUUUCAGUAGAACAUGGUCUGAGGCUUUAAGUGAAGUGACUACUACCGCUAACGAUACUGUCAGUUUACUAGCUUUGCCCUUUACUAGAAAGUUCUGCGUACGUGUGUCGCGACCGAACAUUGCGAGAAAACAUUAACUGGCUGUCAGUGGAUACAAAAAAACACAAAACAUGGUGUUUUUUAUGAAGUUCCAGAUCCUGACCGUGCUCAUCAUCACCUCCGCCCUCCCUUAGCAGACUUUGGAGUCCGGUGAGAAGAGCUACAUGUAACGUUUGCGGAACUCAGCCAGCUUCAAAACGGCAGCAGCGGGAGAGAAACUGGACUCGUCCGACUCCACGGGCAGGCCAAAGAUGGAGCUGGCCGCGGCUCACCCGGCUCUCAAAGCCUUCAUGUGUGGCUCUCUCAGCGGCACCUGCUCUACACUGCUCUUCCAGCCUUUGGAUCUGGUGAAGACACGGCUUCAGACCCUGCAGAACAAAGCCAAGCCAGGUGCACCAAAGAUGGGGAUGUUUACCGUGUUGGUCAACGUUGUUAGGACAGAGAAUUUCUUUAGCCUAUGGAAGGGUGUUUCACCGUCUUUUGUUCGCUGCAUCCCUGGGGUUGGCAUCUAUUUCAGCACCUUCUACUCUCUGAAACAGCACUUCAUUCUUGACCGGCAACCCAACGCUGGUGAGGCUGUUCUUCUCGGAGCAGGUGCCAGAUCUGUAGCUGGUGUCUGCAUGCUGCCAUUCACAGUCAUCAAGACGCGCUUUGAGAGUGGCUACUACAACUAUGUGAGUGUGGCCGGGGCUUUGAGGAGUAUGUACAAGACCGAGGGAAUCAGGAGUCUGUUCUCGGGGCUCACGGCCACGCUGCUCAGAGACGCUCCAUUUUCCGGCAUUUAUGUCAUGUUCUACAGCCAAACCAAGAGGGCCCUGCCACAAGACGUGACUAUGUUGGGUUACACUCCGCUGGUGAACUUCAGCUGUGGAUUGAUGGCAGGUGUCAUGGCGUCCCUGGUCACACAACCUGCAGACGUGGUGAAGACCUACAUUCAAGUUAGCCCAUCUCACUGGAGCACGACCGAUGCUAUUUGCUUCAUCUACAAGGAACAUGGCAUGCGCGGGUUCUUUCGUGGAGCUGUGCCCAGGUCUCUUCGACGCACUCUGAUGGCAGCUAUGGCUUGGACUGUCUAUGAACAGCUGAUGGCUCAGAUUGGCCUCAAAUCCUGAAGAGCAACAUUAAAAAAAAAAGACAGGAUAAUGAUCUCUCUGUCUCUGAACGCUACAUUUGAGAAGAAAAGGGGGCCAAGGUGCUUAUAGAGAAUGAGACAACAUUACCAGGAUUUUGAGCAGAGGAACCAGGUGGAUCAGUAUCUGGAAAAAAAAGAUUGUGCGAUUGCUUUGCGUGAGUGUUGUGCUAUUUAAAUAUUUGUGAAAAUGUGCCUAUGUCUGUAGGUCUGUAUGUUUGAGAUUGCAGUGUUGCAACUGACACACUCUUCUCUCAGUUUUGUACUGAAGUGACAUUCCCUGCUGUGAGGAAAACCUAUUCCUUUUCUUACUUUUUAUGUCUGGACAUCCUGAUGCAUGGCAACCAUUGAAGAACCCCACCCCUGUAUCUGAAGGGCAGCUUUUGACAAUUGGUUAAGUGGGACAUUGAGGAUGCUGGUGGACCAUGCCUCUGCUGAGGUAACCAAAAACAAAGCAGCACUGAGGAGAUCUGGCUCCUGCUAUUUAUUAGAAUUUUAGUUAAACUAUGUUUCUGACUUGCCAGUUGAUGUUAAAUGACCAACAAAGUUUGGGGCCAUUUAUUUGUUUCAGGCUCAGACAAUCCAGCUAGAUUAUAUGAACAUCAUCAUCUGGCCUAACUUCCAUAAUCACAAUGAAGCUUUUGAUUCCAUAAUGAUAGAAACUAUACUAAUUUGAACUUUAUGUAUAGCUGUGGUGCAUUUUUGCAUCGGGAUGUUUUUAUAAAGAAAUUUUGAUGAGUCACAUCUUUACUGAAAUAUAUUCUGACCUGUGUUGGUUUCUUAGUCAGACCAAGAUUUUGACUUUUUUUUUUUAGGUUUUUGACCACUAGUAGUGCUAUGGAGCAAUGUGUCAUGUUGUUAGGCUUAAUCUUUUUUGAACCUAUAGUGUUGUUGACAGUAACAUGCAGUAUACAGUACAUGCACAUGGCAUUUAAACAUGGUUUUUUUUGUUCAACCUCCUGAAACAGUUCACUUUGGUCACAAAAACUGAAUCUAAACUAAACCCCAGAGGUUUAAUUAAACAACAGUGUAGUCAGUGUUUUGUUUUUUUAUUGAGUUUAAAUAUAAAAGUUGCACUUGAAUAAUUUAUUUCUCCCCCCACAAAUUAAGAAAAAAUGUAGAUCUUUUAAAUAUAUCAGAUGUUAAUGAAAUGAAGUUCCAUGUUUCCAGAAAAUUAGUUUUAGCAACACUUAACACUUACUGCGUUUAAAAAUAAUAAGAAUAAACACAGGAUCCCGACUGGAAUAUUGACCUUGACAUUGUUGUCUUUUUUUGCUCUUUAUAAAUAUUUGACUUCAUGCAGAAGCACUGAUGGUAGAACACAAAGAGCAUUUUGUUGCUUUGUACAGUGUACAUUUUCUCAGAUGUUUAUUUGUGUUGAUAUAGAAGAGAAUAUAUAUUGAAAAAAUAGUGUGUUGAUAAAAAAAUAACAAUACUAAUGGUAGAUUGCAUUAGUGGAAGGGAACAUUAAUGUAUAAUUUCUUGAUGAUGUGAGAAGUGUUGCUGAUGUUCAGGUAAAUAUGCAAUACAACAGGAUAAUAUGCAAAGAAAAAUAAUAAUAAAUGAAAUUGAAGUUGCAAUGACCUAACUAAGAUCUGGGAUUAAAUAUCUAAUGACAGUGAAUGGCACAGCGUUGUCUAGCAUCGGCUGAUCUUCUGUUUAUCUCUGAAACAGAGGAAGAUGUGAAGCUGUGUGUGUUGUUAUUUAAAUGGUGAAAGUUAGUUCAGUGUUUUGGAAUGAUUUCUGAAUGCCUCAGUAUUAGCUUCUUUUUUUAUUACAGUCUUUGUAUUUAACUGACUGUGCCAUAAUUCACACACAAAUGUUUUUACCUCAUUGAUUAUCUCCAUCAUCAUCACCACUCCUGCUGUCUUUUUGUUGUGACUGUAUUGUAUAUGGUCAUUGUUACUGCAGAUUCUUGGCUUUGGCUCAGACUCACGAUGUGUGCCUGGAUUUUAAAGUCAUUAAACUUUAUUUUCUCUUUUA